CUUGUGGGACUAACCAACAUUGUGAUGAACUGCAAUCUCAACACACCGGCAGCUGCAGUGACAGGGAUAUUCAGGUGGAGCCGGAGAGCGAGAUGGACCCCGACUUGAUCCCUCUGAAGCAGGGCGUGUGCUCCUCGGGCUGGGACUCGUCCAGCCUUCAGCUGCUCGGCCCGAGCUCCAAGCCCGGUCUCAGUGCCGGUCCCGCCGGUCCCAACCAUCAGCCCGAGUGUCGGGCCGCCACUCUGUUGCCGCCAGACCGAUACGCGUAUUCUUGCACCACCAAUAUUAAUCGUUCAAUGCAACAGGCAUCUGAUAUUGGUCAUCUGCAUCGCCAUCAGCAUCAACAACAUCAGCUGCAUCAACAGCAACAUCAACCACAAAAUCAGCAACAUCAAUAUCAGCAACUGCACCAACAGCAGCGACCACCAAUGCCCAGCGAGUCUAACGCCCCAAUAACACUUACAGGAAUACGAAACCAACAGCCACAGUUACGGCAGUCAUCGUGCGACAACAGGUUGUUCAGAGGUCAUAUUACCGAUGCAAAUUACCAGAAAUCCUCAACUGCUGGCCCCGCAUCUCACCUAAUUCCUUCAUCCACAUCCUCAUCCCCCAUACCAAGCCCCCAGUGCGCACAACAUUCCCCUGGUAUUGGACCUACAUUACAAAAUGAUCUUUAUUGUUCAUCUACUUUACCUCGACCAGGAUCCAGCCAAGCGGGCAAGUUUCAACAACAGACGUAUCGCUCACCAAUUAAUAGUGCAAUGAAUAAACCCCAGGACUAUUGUCAUCAUCAAGCUGGUCAAAAACAACAAAUUACCUCAGAACAAACAUGCGAAAGUUUUGACUUCCAGAGAGGCAGAAACGAUCCGGAAAUUUCUCAAAGGAUCAACGCCCGACAUCAGGCUAGUCGUUACAACGACUGGCGUGGCGGGCAACAGUCGCAGUCUCAGCUGCAGAUGAGACUGAGUCAACAGGAUCUGUUGCACAACUUACCUGACCCGCCGCCGCCGUUCAGAGAAGAUUACAUGUGCCAAUCAAGCAGCCAUGAGGAGGCAUCACCUGUUGCUAAUUCUUGUCACCAUAGAAAAACAGAUAACAAGGAAAGCUCUGUGUGAUUCUGUUACUCGGUAGGGUGAUAGCAUAUGUAUUUUUGCAGAGAGGCUGAGCUCACUGAUAUCACAGAUAAGGUCAUUCACGUUCCCGUUUGUUUUGCUUGUACUGAAUGUAAUAUUUGUUCUUUUG